GAGGCGGGCUGGCGGCGGCUCGACGAGUUCGCUGCCGGGCUGCUGGCCGAGCUGGGCGGCGCGGGGGGCCUCGAGAGCUUCGAGGCCCCCGGGGGCGCGUGCCGGGUCGCCGUGCUCGUGCACAGGGCGAUGCGCGCCCUGGCGGGGGCGGGCGCCGCCGACGACGAGUACUUCGCGGCGGGCAUCGUGGAGCUGAGGGAUGCCGGAGGCGUCAAGGGUCGGGGCUACUACGCGCGCGAGGACACCGGCGCCGGGACGCUGCUGCUGGCGGAGCAGCCGCUGGUGCUGGAUGCGGGCGAGGACGAUUUUUGCGGCGUGGCCGCGGCGAUUGUGCUCGGGCUGCGGGGCGAGGCGGAGCUGAGGCCCGCGCCUGGGGACGGGGGCAGCAGCGCGGGCGACGCCGAGCAGGCCGCUCGCUGGCUCGGGGCGGUGGACGGGGCGGGCGCGGAGGCCGCGGCGCGUGCCCUGGCCGCGGCACGCAACAACGGGUUCAGCACGUCGCUGGAGGGCGCGGGCGAGGAGGAGCAGCCGAUGCUCCUCUUCCAGAGGCUCUGCAUCUUCAAUCACUCCUGCGCGCCCAACUGCGCCGUGUACCGCGACGAGGCCACGGGCUUCACGCACGUGCUGGUCAUCCGCCCCGUGAAGAGGGGGGCGGAGUUCAUGAUCCACUAUCUGGACGAGCUCUUCCUGCUGCCCACGAGCCUCCGGCAGAGCUUCCUGCAGGGCCGCUUCGGCUUCGAGUGCGCCUGCCCGCGGUGCGAGGGCUGGGACGAGGCCUCCUGCGCGGUGGAGGCCCUGCUCAACCGCACCGCGGACUUCCCGCACGGGGAGGCGGCCGGGCGCCUGCACGCCAUGCGCCGCGCGCACGCCUCGCUGUGCCACGUGGAGAAGGAGGGCGGCCUGCCCGUGGGCUUCGCGUUCCGGACCUUCGAGCACUGGGCGCAGGCACUGGCCGCGGCCGACGCCGCCCUGUCCGACAUCGCGCAGUACGGCUCGAAGGAGCAAGGGUCUCUGCGGUGCCUGGCCCUCGAGGGCCUCCAGAAGGACACCCUGGCCUACCUGGCCCUGGCCGAGCACGCGGACGCCGCGCACCGGCUCCUGCCGCC